GGAAGUGACGUUUCAGAACUGCCUGUGGAACCACGGCGCGCCAAAUUUGGGGGCGAUCGCAGUCAGGGAUAGUUGUACACACAUUUUCUGCAAUAAAACAAGACAAAGACAGCAAGCGGAGUCGAUCAAGACAGAUCAUGGCGGUGCCUUUUGUGCAGGACUGGGACGUUGUACAGACUUUGGGAGAAGGAGCUUAUGGAGAAGUGCGGCUGCUGGUGAACAGGCAGACUGAAGAGGCAGUUGCAGUGAAAGUGAUUGAUACCUCGCAGGCGAAGGAAUGUGCAGAGAAUGUAAAAAAGGAGGCCUGCAUCCACAAGAUGCUCAACCAUCAGAAUAUAGUGCGCUUUUUUGGCCAACGUCCAGAGGGACACACGGUCUACCUGUUUCUAGAGUACUGCAGUGGAGGAGAGCUGUUUGACCGGAUCGAGCCGGAUGUGGGGAUGCCUGAGAAAGACGCUCACAAGUUUUUCCAGCAGCUUGUGGCGGCGGUGGAGUAUCUCCACGGCAUGGGCAUCACCCACAGAGACAUAAAGCCUGAAAACAUUUUACUGGAUGAUAAAGAUAACCUGAAGUUGACGGAUUUUGGACUGGCUACCAUGUUUCGAUUUAGGGGGCGAGAGCGUCCCCUCCGUCGACUGUGUGGGACUUUACCCUAUGUGGCUCCAGAGCUUCUCAGCCAAGCGGAGUACAAGGCUCAACCUGCUGAUGUCUGGUCUUGUGGGAUUGUGCUCACCGCUAUGCUGGCUGGAGAGUUGCCCUGGGACCAGCCCACUGAGAGCUGCCAGGAGUACUCCGACUGGCUCCAAAAGAAAACCUAUCUGUCUCCCUGGAAGAAAAUACAGCCCAUGCCUCUUUGCUUGCUGUCCAAACUGCUUCUGCCCGCUCCAGAAAGCCGCCUCACUCUCCCCAACGUGCAGAAGGACCGCUGGUUUACCCAAGGUGCGAAGGAGCCACCAGCAGGUCUGAGCUCAGGGGAAGUCAGAGCACCUCGCUCUGAUUUAGACUUCAUAUCACGCACCAGCAGUGACGACAGGAUGCAGGUGUCCAGCUCUCAGCCUGACUUUGCACUCAGCCCUGAAACCGCAGUGCUGAACGGUAACUGUGGCAACCACGUGAGCUUCUCCCAGCCCAUCAAACCUGAGCACAUGCUGCUGGGGAGCCAGCUGAUGGGAACCCCAGGGGCGAGUCAGACGCCCUGGCAGAGGUUGGUGCGAAGAAUGACUCGCUUCUUCACCACAGCGAACGCAGAGUCCUCGCUCACUGCUCUGAAAGACGUCUGCUCUGGCUUGUCCUUGGCUUUUAAAGUCUCCUGCACUCGACAGGUGACGGUGAGCACCCUGGACAAGCGCAACAACAAACUCAUCUUCAAAGUCUUCUUGCUUGAGAUGAAUCAGCGGAUUCUUCUGGACUUCAGGUUGUCAAAGGGAGACGGCCUGGAGUUUAAGCGUCUGUUUGUGAAGAUAAAGCAGAAGCUGGGCGACAUCGUGAGUCACCAGAAGAUCCUCCUGCCCAUCACAUGAUGGACUGUGGUGGCAAAACAAACACCAGUGUAUGGACCCUUCUGAAGUCAUCAUGUGAAGGAAAAGAUGUCGUCUGUCCCGGGGUGAUGCCAUCUCCUCAUUGAA